UUCCAGCCCAAUAUAAGGGGCUGGGAUGGCUGUAGCCAUCGGAGCUUGCUGAGGACCCACAGCCAUCACAGAGCAGUUCGCCAGGUCUGCCUGAGAUGAAGCUGUUCCUGGUCGUGGCACUCGUCCUGCUGGGGACCAUCUCUGCUUGCCAGCUCCAUGAGGGCUCCCCGGAGCAGGACGUACCAGCCGAGCAAGACGAGGAGGAGCCCGGGGAGCCAGAGCCACCAUGUCCCACAGAGAGCGAGAGCUUUAGGAUGAUCGUGCCUGGCACGGAGGCUCACACUUCUCGCUAUGUGUUUGUGAAAAAUUACCAGCGAUUUCGGAAAGCCCAGAAACUGUGUGCUCGCUGCUACCAUGGCCACCUGGCCUCCAUCCACAGCCAUUUGGCCAAUGCGCUGCUGCGCUGCAUAGCGCACACCCACAUCAAGCUGGGCCUGGUGUGGAUCGGAGGCAUCACCUGCCGCCGGCACCGACAUCUGCACUCCUGCUGGGUCGACCACAGUUCCUGGAAUUACUCCAACUGGGCCAGAAAGAACCCCCAGCACGUUAGGAAAACGUGCGUCGCCCUGUCCACCGCAGGUGGUCAUUGGAGAAGUGUGUGCUGCAGGGCUCGCCUUCCCUUUAUCUGUGAGUACUGAGGGGGCUGCUCCCCCCAUGGGGUCCUGCUGCCCCCACCGCUCUGCCAGCAUAGGACUUCCCACUCUUCCCUGCUGGAGGCACCCCUGCUCCCUGGACUCGACUCUGCUCCUGGCCCUGCCUCAGCUCCCCCUCCUUCGACCCUUGCUCAUUGCCUGUGACUCCCUGCAAUAAAACAGUGCUUCACUCAUUA